ACUUCACCCUCGUGUGCUGCGAGUACGAUCUCUGCGGCGCUCUGCUCUGAAACCUUUAUAGCUGUGUCCGGCGGUGUUGACUUAGCCCGAAAGAAUGGCAGCACCUGCAGGACCCGUGCGCAAGAAGCGCAACUUCAAGGCUCUCCAGCUUGACGUUUCUAAACAACCGCCACCCGAGCCGGAGCCUGCUCCUAUACGCGCUGCUCCCGCUCCUGCAGAUGCUUCACGCACGAAGAAAAGGCCUCCUCCGAUGACUUUGAAGGCACCGAAGAUUGGCACUUCUGGCAUCACUGCUGAGUCGGGCGAGCAACCAGCGGUGGAUUCCUCUAUAUCUACAGCAGCAGGUGCUUCAUCGAAGCGCAUGACAUAUCAUAGCACCCUCUCGUCAACUCUUGCGAAUCUGGAGUUGAAUUCGCAGACAAAAUACGACCUCCGCAACGAGGAUCUGGAGGACCUGCAGGAACUCGGGCAGGGCAACGGAGGCAGUGUGAAGAAGGUGCGGCACUCGCCCACAGGUACCAUCAUGGCGAAGAAGAUUGUCUUGAUCGACGCAAAGCCGUCUGUGCGCAAGCAAAUCCUACGCGAGCUGCAAAUCAUGCACGACUGCAACUCGACAUACAUCAUCUCCUUCUAUGGCGCGUUCAUCUCGGACCCGAAUAUCUGUAUCUGCAUGGAGUUCAUGGACAAGGGCUCGCUGGAUGGCAUAUACAAGAAGAUCGGGCCGAUUGAUAUCGAUGUGGUGGGAAAGGUCGCCCUGGCAGUGCUGGAAGGCCUGACGUACCUUUACGACGUGCAUCGCAUCAUCCAUCGAGACAUCAAGCCGUCAAAUAUCCUUUGCAACUCACAAGGACAGAUCAAGAUUUGUGACUUUGGUGUGUCGGGAGAGCUCAUCAACUCCAUCGCCGACACUUUUGUCGGGACGUCGACAUAUAUGAGUCCCGAGCGAAUUCAAGGCGCGCAAUACACGGUCAAGUCCGACGUGUGGUCACUCGGCAUCUCGCUCAUAGAGCUUGCGCUGGGCCGCUUCCCCUUUGCCGACUCGUCUUCAGACGAUUCAGACCUCUCUGAAUUCGAGGGCACGCUCUCGCCGAGCCGGCCUGCACCACUGCCCAAGAAAACAAAGGAACAGAAGGACAAGAAGAAGAAACGGAAGAGCCGGGGUGUAAGCUUGCAGGGUGGCGGGAUGACGAUGAGCAUCCUUGAGCUCUUGCAGCACAUUGUGAACGAACCUGCGCCACGGCUGACGCCAGAAGGGCGGUUCCCGAAGGAGGCGGAAGACUUUGUGGAUAGCUGCCUGCUGAAGAACCCGGAGCAGAGGAGAACGCCGAAGGACCUGCUCAAACACCCCUUCAUCGAGCGUUCUCGGACAUCAACGUUCGAUCUCGAGGCAUGGGCGUCGACGUUCUGAUUUGCCUCCACCUGUGCGUCGCUGCCGGGCAGAAAAUCGUUGGACUCCGUCACGGAUCAUCUCAACCUCUUAUCCGCCUCCAUCUUCGCCUUUCCGGAGUUUGUACUACAAUUGGCGUCAUCUCGGUCCAUGUUAUGCGCACGUAUACCC